UACAAGGUCCAAACUUCUUCCCAUGUCCAGCAACGCGGUUUCUGAAAUUCCACUCCAAUGGCUAUUUAUUAAAGCUAGAAGCUUAAAAGGUUGAAUCCGUUCAAGUUUUCGGAGGUCUCUCCUUUUUUGUACUGCAAGAUCACAGAAGAAGAAGAAGAAGAAGGAGAAUAUGUGUCCUCUGAGGUUUAUUUUGGUGUUCUUUUCAGCAGUUCUUGCUGGGUAUUUCGCCUGGAGAACUGUCCGUUCUUCUCCCGAAAUCGACACAGUGAUUUCGGAGGAUUCCACGAGCGAAAAGACAUUGUUGAAAGAUAAACAAGAAUUUAAUUUCAAAAGGGCGGUUCAAAACGGAUUCUGGGUAUUUGUCGACAUGGCUAGCGGGAGGUACCUGUGGAGGAAUCUCAGAGAGGUGAAGAAAGAUUAGGGAAGAAGCAGACUUUUUCAUCUUUUGUUUAUUUUUUGGGGGAAAAGUGAAUUUUUCUUCUGUAAAUGUAAAUCUUCAAUCGAGAAACUUUUUCCAGGUUGUAUGAAUUCCGUUUGCUUCAAUGAAAUAAAAAAUCAUAUUUACGGUCUCAA